AUGAAGAUGAAUAAGAUCAAAUGGAAAAAGUCCGAAUUUUGGGAUGAUUGCGGAACCUGGGCUAAUGGCACCUCACUAAGCUACACUUUUCUCGAGCGUGAUGGGAAACUGGUUACCAUUCAUAAAAGACAGGGUUUGUAUUGCACGGAGAAAGUGGUAGACAAGCAGAAAGUUCAUGAACCAUUGGAACCUCAGCCUGACUCCAGUGAACUUCUGAUUUUAAAGCGCUUGUAUAACACUUUAAACGCCAGUGAAAAAGGUCCAGAUCAGUUUCGACGCAGAUGUACAUGGGUCAUAAACAGACCAUUGUCAAUGCCACACUUGUCGUUAGACAAUGCUCUUGUAGAGUAUAUUGGACAAUUUCCAGGCAGGAAACCACAUGGUAAUUCAAUUGUGAACAGAGAUGUCUACAUUCGAACAAAAACCAAUGUACGAAACAACUUAAAAGAAGAACUAAAACAUCAUUCGGUAAAAGCUGUCAGAAAUAAAAUGAACAUACAAACGAAAGAUGAACAUUCAAAACAAAGAAAUGAAAAACAACUCAGAAAUAUAAAACACAUUCAAAAGAAGAAAACAGACAAACCUUCAGGAAAUGCGGCUGAUCAAAUAAUACACGUGGAAGAAAUGGUAAAAACCCAUGAUAUGGUUUACAGUGUGAAGCACUUGAAAGGACUGCACCAUCCUGUUGUAACUUUACUGAAUGAACAACAGAUUACAGAUAUUAAGCGUUUCUGCGGUACAGGAAGAACAGUGCUAGGGGUCGAUAAAACCUACAAUCUGGGCGAUUUCCACGUUACUCCGACAGUAUUCAAAGACCUCUCUGUUAUAAGGCAAGAAACUCAACAACAUCCCAUCACAUUUGGACCUACAUUCAUACAUACGAAUUCAAACGCAAAAACCUAUAGCUCAUUCUUUCAUGACAUCGCUGAUAAUUUGACGCAAGAAGAAAUAAAUAAUCUCGUGAUAGGAUCUGACGAAGAAAAAUCAUUUAAAAUAGCUAUUGAAAGGUGUUUACCAGGUGCCACCCAUACUCUAUGUACUCGACAUCUACGCCAAAACACAAACAGAUACUUGGAAGAUCACGUCGGCUAUCCAAAGCAGGAACGACAGCAGAUAACCUCGGCUAUUUACGGUGAGGAUGGACUAACAUUCACAGGGGACAUGGAUGCCUUUCAAUAUAAAUUAGAAAGACUCAAUGAAAAAAUCGAGACCCUGGACAGCAAAGUAGGUGAUAAAAAAUUCAAACCAUAUUUCAGCGACAGGCUUCUACCGGUGUUAAAAUCACAAGUGAUCGAGCCGUGUAAUAAAGGCAAAAUAGAACGCGGUUGGACUAACAACAAUUGCGAGUCCGCAAAUCACAUUUUGAAGUCCGCCACAGGCUGGAAGCAGACAGACCUUCCCAAAUUUAUUAACUUAUUUAAUGACAUUGUGAAGGGAGAAAACAUAGAGAGAUGCCGUGCGAUAUGCGGUAGAGGGGACUUCAGACUUCACGAUACAUUUACGCAUCACCAAACAGAUAUAGACAAAUGGUCAAACAUGUCCGAAGAAACUAGGAGCAACAGGGAGAAAAAGUUUCUCUCGGACAAAGGAAGGUCUCAUCCGAACAUGGUGACAUCAACAAAUGGAAACCGGACAGUACUGAACACUCCUAAUGCGGGGAAGAAGCCAAACCAAACAAAACGAAAAAGAUCAGAAAGGUCCCGUACACCGUCAGCAAAGCGAGUGUUGUUAGCCUAAAAAUGUACCACAAAAACAAAAUAGUAUGUUAUUGCUCAUGUUUGGUAUUUGCUAUAUUUACAAGUCAUGUUCGUUGGCAUAAAACAUGUAAAUACAUUGUACAUUGUUAAAGAGUUUCUACCAUAAAAACAAAAUAGUAUGUUAUGUCUCAUGUUUGGUAUUUGCUACAUUUACAAGUCAUGUUUGGUAUUUACAAGUCAUGUUCGUUGGCUGGCAUAAACAGAUUGUUGUUAACUUAAAAAAUGUAAAUAUAUUGUACAUUGUUAAUCAGUUUCAACCACAAAAACAAAAUAGUAUGUUAUUGCUCAUGUUUGGUAUUUGCUAUAUUUACAAAUCAUGUUCGUUGCCAUAUACAAAGUGUUGUUAACUUAAAAAAUAUAAAUACAUUGUACAUUGUUAAUGAAUUUCUACAACAAAACGAAAUAGUAUGUUAUAUCUCAUAUUUGGUAUUUACAAUCUUUACAAGUCGUGUUUGGUAUUUACAAUAUUUACAUGUCAUGUUCGUUGGCAUAAACAAAAUAGUAUGUUAUAUCCCAUUUUUGGUAUUUGCUACAUUUACAAGUCAACAGAUUGUUGUUAAAUUAAAAAAUGUAAAUACAUUGUACAUCAGUUUCUACCACAAAAACAAAAUAGUAUGUUAUAUCUCAUGUUUGGUAUUUGCUAUAUUUACAAGUCAUGUUUGGUAUUUACUAUAUUCACAAGUCAUGUUUGGUAUUUACACGUCAUGUUAGUCAGCAUAACCAGAGUGUUGUUAGCUUAAAAAUGUAAAUACACUGUACAUUGUUGAUAUAUGAAAUAUGUUUACAAGUUAAAAAAAAAC